AUUGUCUUUGGUAUUAUCGAGACGAGUUGCGAGCAAAGAACAUCACGGCCUUCUGUUCCUCAUAUCUGAUAGAAUUCGAUAAAUUUGUGAAAAUGUCGCUGAUGUCUGCUCGUUUGGCCUCCUCCGUGGCCAGGCGUUUACCAAACGCCGCCACACAGGUAUCGAAGGUCGCCGUGCCAGCAGUAGGAGUCGCCUCUCGCAAACUCCAUGUCUCAUGUACCCAGAGGGCUGCCGAAAUCUCCCAGAUCUUGGAGGAGAGAAUCCUCGGUGCCGCACCCAAGGCCGACUUGGAAGAGACUGGCCGCGUGUUGAGCAUCGGUGACGGUAUUGCCCGUGUCUAUGGGUUGAAGAACAUCCAGGCCGAGGAGAUGGUGGAAUUCUCCUCCGGUCUUAAGGGUAUGGCUCUUAACUUGGAGCCCGACAAUGUUGGUGUUGUAGUAUUCGGUAACGACAAGCUGAUCAAGGAGGGAGACAUCGUCAAGCGUACCGGUGCCAUUGUGGAUGUGCCAGUCGGUGAACAGAUCCUCGGUAGAGUAGUCGACGCCCUGGGUAACCCCAUUGAUGGCAAGGGCCCCCUCGGAACCAAGGAACGUAUGCGUGUCGGUAUCAAGGCCCCCGGUAUCAUCCCCCGUGUGUCUGUGCGCGAGCCCAUGCAGACUGGUAUCAAGGCUGUGGACUCUCUCGUACCAAUCGGUCGUGGUCAGCGUGAGUUGAUCAUUGGUGAUCGUCAGACCGGCAAGACCGCCCUGGCUAUCGACACCAUCAUCAACCAGCAGCGCUUCAACAAGGGAGACGAUGAGAAGAAGAAGCUGUACUGCAUCUACGUUGCCAUCGGACAGAAGAGGUCCACCGUCGCCCAGAUCGUGAAGAGGUUGACUGAUGCUGGUGCCAUCAACUACACCAUCAUCGUGUCCGCCACCGCGUCCGACGCCGCUCCCCUGCAGUACCUCGCGCCCUACUCUGGUUGCGCCAUGGGAGAGUUCUUCCGUGACAACGGCAAGCACGCCCUCAUCAUCUACGACGACUUGUCCAAGCAGGCCGUGGCCUACCGUCAAAUGUCUCUGCUGCUGCGUCGUCCUCCCGGUCGUGAGGCUUACCCCGGUGAUGUGUUCUACCUCCACUCCCGUCUGCUCGAGCGUGCCGCUAAGAUGUCCGACAAGCUUGGCGGUGGCUCCCUCACCGCUCUGCCCGUCAUCGAGACCCAGGCCGGUGACGUGUCUGCCUACAUUCCCACCAAUGUAAUCUCCAUCACCGACGGACAGAUCUUCUUGGAGACUGAGCUGUUCUACAAGGGUAUCCGACCGGCCAUCAACGUCGGUCUGUCCGUAUCCCGUGUAGGAUCCGCUGCCCAGACCAAGGCCAUGAAACAGGUCGCCGGUUCCAUGAAGCUGGAGUUGGCUCAGUACCGUGAGGUGGCCGCCUUCGCCCAGUUCGGUUCCGACUUGGACGCCGCCACACAGCAGCUGCUCAACCGCGGUAUGCGUCUGACUGAGCUCCUCAAGCAGGGCCAGUAUGUGCCAAUGGCUAUUGAGGAACAGGUUGCCAUCAUCUACUGCGGUGUACGUGGACACCUCGACAAACUGGACCCCACCAAGAUCACUGCCUUCGAGAAGGAGUUCACCCAGCACAUCAAGACCAGCCACCAGAGCCUUCUCAACACCAUCGCUAAGGACGGACAGAUCACCCCCGAGUCUGACGCUGCCCUGAAGAAGAUCGUCACAGACUUCCUUUCCACCUUCCAGGCGCAAUAAAAAAAUAAACUAGCUACUUGAUUCUAGAUUAUACUUCAAUAUUUAUAAUGUAAAUGCAGUAUAAUUUAAGUUGAGCGGGCCCAAUGGUUCCAUCUCCGUUGGAUGUGUAGUGUACUGUAAGGACUAUGAAUGUGAAUACAAUCAAGCGUAUGUAUCAAGGAGUAUGCAGUGGUUAUAUAUUAAUAAAAUGUAUUGGUUAAAA